CAGUAAUUGAACAUUUACAGCACAAUCCCGUCAGAGUUGUCCUGUCCCCCGCGGCGGGGAAUGACCUUCAACAUCCUCCGCCCCCCUGGCCAGACAUGGCGCAAAACGGCACCUCCACGAGCGGACCGUUGCAAAUGCACCACCUCCCCACACCAGAGGCCUCGGAAGCGGUGGGGUCGCAUGACUUGAGUUUACAACAACUAGCCUACAACACGAC